AUGCUUAACGAUGAUCCCCUCAAGGUGUCAGCACCCGUUGAACCACGUCCCAAACCUGUCAUGGACCCUUUAGCACGAGAGAGAAGUACUAUUAUGCAACUGAGCACAGCACUUCAAUACGUCAUCGCCAAGGAUAGCAAGCUCCAUGGUGCACAACAACAAAAGACAACACCUGCAGGCAACUCAAAAUCCCAACUUUUACUUGGUCACAACGUUGUAUGCAACCCGGGCCAAUGGCGUCCUCAUUUAUCACUCGACACCGUUCUCAAAAACCAACCUGUGAUUAUGGAUCGUCGCAACAACAUGCCAUGCUCUCGUCAAGUCCAAUUGAUCACUCACGAAGUCCUAUAUCGAGGCACAGAACCCAAUUUCAUUCUUGAAGACAGCUAUGAAGUUCAGGGCGCUGAUCCACGUGGCAUCUUUUAUGUCCUGACACAACGCCAAUUGAGCCACACCUUUGUUUUCCUCAAUCCUGAACAUCCCUGGUUCGAUGACAUUUAUGGUUUAAGAAGGACUGCUUAUAUUGUACUCAAAACGGAUACUGGGGAGCAAUAUGAACUUCAUCUCAAAGGAUCUCGUGACAAAUACUUGUUUGGUUAUUUAUGCAAACGUGAGGAGAUUGUACAAUCAGCAAAAACAGCCAUGGAAUCAGUCAUCUUCAACAAAAAGCUUCCCCUUGUAUUGGAUCUUGAUGAUACACUCGUUCGUCUGGUAGGGGAUGGAAACGAUCGACAUGUUCCUGAAAGUGAGGCACAUCGAUAUGGCAACCGCGUAGUAGCAUUGAGCGAUGGAAGACGAGUGGUAUUGACGGAACGUGUUCACGAGUUUCUGGAUUGGGCACAAAACUUUUAUGAGAUCUCAGUAUGCUCCCUUGGUGAUCAAAAUUACGUUGACAAUGUUGUGAGUGUGCUUGAUCCACAACGGACCCGGAUUCGUGGUUUACACUAUUCAGCACGAUUUGAACACGAUUACAUCAAACGAUCCCAUGAUACCAAUCGACCACCCAAAGAUCUCCGAGCAUUGUAUCCUUUCUUUGCACUCAACACGCGAUCUCUCGGUUGUGGAUAUGCAUUACCACUUAUUAUUGACGAUGAAACAAGGAUGUGGCCCAGCGAACAACAUGACAACAUUAUCGUGGUACGAAAUCAAAUGAACAAUCCAAUGUGGACCGUAUGCCUGUUUCCGCACGUAAAAGAAGCACUAGCACACAUCCAUCAAGAAUUCUUUCGACAAUUGGAUUCAUACAUGCCAAGGCAAAUGGAUGCAGAACGUGAUGGCGUGGUGUGUGCAAGGCCGCCUCCAAGUGCAGUGGGAAUAUACAAAACCAUGUUACGUAGUGUAUUUAGGGAUAGGAUAGCAUCUAGAUGGGCAUGA